CAGGCGAGGAGAACUCUCAGAUGAACGAUAGGGACAUGGAGGUGAACUGAAUUUGAAUGAAGAAGCUCCACUAUUUUUUGCACUUUCCUAUUGAUUCCAACAGUGGAGAAUUAACGCACUGAUCCGAUCGACGCCAGCAAUACUGAGGUCAUGGUCUCCUCGCUGCACUGGUUUCUGCUGCUCUGGGGGCUUCAGGGUCUUUGGGCACAAGACAACGAUGAAGGCUUAAGAGACGUGGUGAUGAACAAAAGGAGAGGCAAACUGUACACGGCAAACUCCGUUGUUCAAAGCAGCAAAUCUCUCAUCAAUGAGGACUGCAGUUUGGAGCUAGCGUUCCUGAUCGACAGCUCCGAGAGCGCCAAAGACAACCAUGCCCAGGAGAAACGCUUUGCGAUGGAGGUAACUGAUCGACUUGAGGGUGUUCGACUGGCGAGCGGCCGAGGCCUCAAGUCCCGCUCCGCCGUGCUUCAGUACAGCAGCCAUGUCAUCAUAGAGCAGACCUUUAGCCAGUGGAAGGGUCCUCAGGAGUUCAAGGACAGAAUCACCCCCAUGGUGUACAUCGGUCACGGCACCUACACCACUUACGCCAUCACCAACCUCACCCGCAUCUACCAGGAGGAGUCAGAUCCCGGCAGCAUCAAAGUGGCCAUUCUGCUCUUCGACGGGAUCUCACACCCGCGGAACCCGGAUAUAUUUUCAGCGGUGGCGGACGCAAAGAACCAGGGCGUUCGAUUCUUCACUAUCGGCAUCACACCUGAAGCCAGAGAGGCUGCUAAUGUGGAAGAGCUGAGGAGGAUCGCUAGCUUGCCAGCCACUCGGUACCUGCACAACCUGCAGGACAGAGGCAUCGUGGACAAAGUCAUCAAUGAAAUUACAACACUGGUGGAUGAAGGGUGUCCACUGGCCCAGAGCAAGUGUGCGUGUGAGAGGGGGGAGAAGGGACUGGCUGGCCCCCCCGGUAAGAAGGGACGUCCAGGGGAUGAUGGAAAUCCCGGACCAAAGGGGCAAAAGGGGGAAGGUGGUCUAAAUGGUCUUCCGGGACGAGAAGGAGUAGAAGGCAAGCCGGGAUACAAAGGAGAAAAGGGGGAGAGAGGAGAGUGCGGCACACCGGGAGUUAAAGGUGAAAAAGGUUCUCCUGGUGACAUUGGACCCAGAGGAAACCGUGGGCCUCAGGGUUUACCUGGUCCAGUUGGCGAUGUCGGACCUGAAGGAAUGAUGGGGAAAAAGGGAGAACGGGGACCUCCUGGGCCACCUGGAAUUCAAGGGGAAUCAGGGAUUGGCAUUCCGGGACCCAAGGGGGAUGUUGGCUUCCAGGGGCAACCAGGCCCUCCAGGUCCCCUCGGAAUUGGUGAACCAGGGCCACCGGGGCCUCAAGGGCCACAAGGAGUCCAGGGAGAAAGAGGGCCAACUGGUGAAGGACUUCCUGGACCAAAGGGAGAGAGAGGCUUGGAGGGACCACGGGGGCCCAGAGGACAGCCGGGGGUUGGACUCAAAGGAGCCAAGGGGGAUUUCGGCCCACCCGGCCCUCCAGGGCCCAUCGGCCUACCAGGUGUUGGAAUACAGGGCGACAAGGGUGUGGAAGGGCCGAGGGGCCCACCCGGUGCUAGAGGCCAACCAGGAGAAGGACUCCCAGGACCAAAGGGAGACCAGGGUUUGCCGGGUGAGUCUGGCAGUCCAGGAGAGAGAGGCAUCGGGGAACCAGGAGAGAAGGGGGAGGUUGGAUCCCCCGGCCUGUCUGGAUUACCAGGCCUGCCAGGGGAGGAUGGAGCACCAGGACAGAAGGGGGAGCCUGGAGCUGUUGGACUCAGAGGGCCGGAGGGCGCCCCUGGAAUUGGCACGCAGGGUGAGAAGGGCGACCAAGGACAAAGAGGUAUUAGAGGUUUGUCAGGCCCGCCUGGCAUUGCAGGACCAUCAGGGCCAAAGGGGGAACCGGGAACUCAGGGACGCAGCGGUCCGCAAGGCCCACCAGGACGCUCGAUAUCUGGACCCAAGGGUGAUCCAGGUCCAAGUGGUCCUCCAGGUCCUAUUGGGGAGACUGGCUAUGGGCUCCCAGGUCCAAAGGGGGAUCGAGGAGAUCCGGGCCCUAAUGGCCCAUAUGGUCCAAAAGGAGAAGGCUAUCCAGGCCCGAUGGGUCCUCCUGGUCUACCAGGACUUCCGGGAGAACCUGGUCCAGAGGGAGUGGGGAUCCCUGGACCAAAGGGGGAUAUGGGGUUCCGAGGAAUGCCAGGUUUACCAGGACCUCCAGGUGAAGGCAUUCAAGGACCACCGGGUAACCCGGGUCGGCCCGGACCAUUGGGGCCACCAGGCCCACCAGGUCAAGGAAUCCAAGGUCCAAAGGGAGAACAGGGGGCUCCAGGCGUGGUUGGUCCACGGGGUUUCCCUGGUGAAGGAGUCCCUGGAUCUAAGGGCGACCGUGGCUCUACAGGGGAAAGAGGGAUGAAGGGAAUCAAGGGGGACUUUGGUGACCCUGGAGCACCAGGUCAAGCUGGCCGGCCAGGGGUCAAGGGUGAAGCUGGUCUGACACGGGAGGACAUCAUUCGUCUGAUCAAGGAGAUCUGCGGAUGUGGGAUCAAAUGUAAGGAGAGGCCAAUGGAACUGGUGUUUGUCAUCGACAGCUCAGAAAGUGUGGGUCCGGAGAACUUUGAGAUCAUCAAAGACUUUGUAAACGCCCUGGUGGAUCGGGUUACUGUGGGCCGCAACGCCACCCGGAUUGGCCUGGUCCUGUACAGCCUGGAAGUUCGGCUGGUGUUUAACUUGGCUCGCUACAUGAACAAGCAGGACAUCAAGCAGGCGAUCAGGACCAUCCCGUACAUGGGAGAGGGCACCCACACGGGCACGGCUAUCCGCAAGGCCACCCAGGAGGCCUUCUUCAGCUCCCGUGCGGGUGUGAGCAAAGUGGCCAUUGUUAUCACCGACGGACAGACGGACAAGAGGGAGCCGGUGAAGCUGGACAUCGCCGUAAGAGAAGCGCAUGCAGCCAACAUCGAGAUGUUUGCGCUUGGUAUUGUGAACUCCUCCGAUCCGACCCAAGCAGAGUUUCUCAGAGAGCUGAAUCUCAUCGCCUCGGACCCAGAUGCAGAACACAUGUUCCUCAUUGAUGACUUCAACACCCUGCCAGCCCUUGAGUCCAAGUUGGUGAGUCAGUUCUGUGAGGACGAGAAUGGGGCACUGAUAUACAACAAGGGAUCAAACAACUACAACGGUCACAGCAGCAACAGGAACGGUGUCAGCGGCAACUACGCGACCGGCGGUUACGACUACCGUCCUCUGACCGAGCAGGAAAAACUCAAUGUUGGACAGACUGGAGUGAGCAGCACCAGCACUCGGGUCACCACUGGACAAGUGGGUGGAGGGCAGCUGGACUACAGAGAGACAGUGAGCCGAGGAAGCGAGCGUGGGGACACGUUUAACCGCUACACAGAUGACCUCACACCUACCUCUGACAGGAGCUCGUCCUCGGGCGGGCGUGUCUCCACCUCAUCGUCCUCAUCAACGAAUAUAACAUUGAUUUCAAAAGUACAGACUGUUCCUGUGAGGCCACCUCUGCCUAAAGAGACUGUGCCUUUGGACCCUCGCUGCAACUUGGUUCUGGAUCAAGGCACGUGCCGAGAUUACAGCAUCCGCUGGUAUUACGACAAACAGGCCAACGCUUGCGCCCAGUUCUGGUACGGUGGCUGCGACGGUAACGCGAACAGAUAUGACACAGAGGAGGAGUGCAAGAGGACGUGUGUAAUCACUUGAAGCACAGAAGACUAAGUGAAAACCAGCCAAAUCUUUUGCUGGGUUAAUGGUACCACUGCAACUCAGGAAUACAGAUGAGCGCUCCACCUGCCCUCUCACACUCAAACAUGGGACGUGCUCCUUCGUCAUCAGCAAAUGUCCACGUGUGCAUGCGCACACUCAGACACAUGGAUAGACUGUAUGAGCGACACUACUGACACAUUUCAGGAACCUGUUGAUGUGACGUCCAAAGUCUUCGCCUGUGUAACCACUGAAGCCUUUCA